CCAGAACAGCUUUCCCAUUCAUUUCAGUGAAGGGAGCUGUUUUACACAGCCAUUCCUUUGAAAUGAAAGGUGACUCCCCCUCCACACAUAUAAUAGAUUCAUAUAACCAUCUGAGUGCACCCUGUUCAGUAGAUUGGGACAUAUAUGUACAUCUAUUCAGCACUGUGCAACAAUUACAGUGAGUUGGAAUGAAGUAUGAAGUAAAAUAAAUUUUCUGCUUUCACAGUCAAAAACUGAGCUUUAAGGAACGGGUACGGAUGGCUAGCCCACGUGGACAGAGUAUCAAGAACAGGCAAGCUUCAGUUGGUGACAGGAGAUCACCAAGUACUGAUAUUACGGCAGAGGGCAGCCCAACAAAAGUCCAAAAGAGCUGGAGCUUCAAUGACCGAACACGCUUCCGACCUUCCCUACGUUUGAAGAGUUCACAGCCCAAGCCAGUGCCAGAUACUGAAGCCAGUAUCGCUACAGAUGAUGUAUAUGAUGAAAGAGGAUGCCAGUGUGAUGUCUCAGUAGAAGAUCUCACCCCUGCACUUAAAACAGUAAUCAGAGCUAUCAGAAUCAUGAAAUUUCAUGUUGCCAAAAGGAAAUUUAAAGAAACUUUGCGUCCCUAUGAUGUUAAAGAUGUCAUAGAACAGUAUUCAGCAGGCCACCUGGAUAUGUUGUGCAGAAUUAAAAGUCUUCAAUCAAGGUAAGGGAUGGAAAUCCUUUUACAAAUAAGUUCCUUCAUAUAAACUGCCUUUUAUCUUUAGCUUGGCAAAAACCAAGCUUUGUGUUUUAACACUACUGUGUCUCCUUGAUACUAAUUUUCCUUGAGCUUUUGCAGAUUGUGCCCACAAGUUCAUUUGUGUCUGAAAUAAAAAAUCAGAUUUAAAAACAACAAUGGACAACUGUCUACAGAUAUUUGUGCAUUAACCACUAAACAGAUAGUUGUCACUCUUGACAACUCUGAUCAGUGUUCUGACGGGUAGCAAACUGAUUC